UAUGGUAGUACGAACCAGUCGGCCGCAGCGCGUGCUUCUGAUCAGCCGCGAGCCAGGUUCAGUGCGAAACGCGCUCUCGAACUCGAAGGAUCCUUCGCCUCCUUUGAUCUCCCACUCGGCUGAGAGGCAAAACGAAAGACAGACACACGGAGACCGAGAGAGAGAAAGAAGGCUUUCUCUAGCCUGAAGAUUGGUGGAACUUCUCGCUACCAGUGGCAACAGUACCACACUCGUCGAUCCGUUCUUUAAUCUCGAUGAGCGCCGAUCUCGGGGCUGGAGUGUCACUUCCUCGGCCACCACUGUCGGACCUGCUGCUAUUCAUCUAGCGGAUCUUAGAAACUCAACGGGAUACGCGAUCGUCGACGGGAUGAUCGACAGGAUCAUCGUGGCUGUCCUACUUGGACUGCUGGGACUGAGCUACGGUUUACAAUGCCCAAAGCAAAAGACGUCUCCGGGGCGAGAAGUCGUAUGUUACACUUCCGUUUCCGACGUCGAACAGCUGACGAAUACAAUCUGCAGAUGCACCACGCUGGUACAUCAAGGAUAUGACGUGCGAAAUCUCUCGACUUCUGGUUUCGAGAGCUUUCAAAAAUCCUUGAAAGGGAUCAAUCCACCUCUUCAGUUCAUGAUUUCCGUGGAUGACCCUGGGAAUACGCUCAGAACUUCCGGCACAGUCCGUCAGGAGAUCAUCGCUCGUCUGAUGGGAAUUUUGAAAGAGGUCGAUGGAGUAGAAUUAAACAUGACAGCAGGUUCGAAAGAACGUUUGGUCCACUUCGUGAAGGGCUUGAGAGACGAAUUCGUGAGGAAAUCGUACGACAAGAGGAUCUUUUUGGUUUUGCCAACGAAACCGGAAGAUCUGGCGAAGCAGUUUGACUUGAAGGAACUCUCGAAAUACGUGGAUCUAUUCACGGUCCCGACGCAUUACUUGGUGGAGGAUGACGAGGACUAUCACACGUUUCAUCCGUCACGAUUGAUGGGACUCUUCGACAUGUUCAACGCGGAUAGCCUGAUCGACUUGAUCAGCGGAUUGGGAGCGCCUAAACGAAAGAUCCUGGUGUCGGUACCAGCCAGUGCCUACAAGUUUAGUUUGAAGGAUGAAGAUGACAAUACUCCAAGGUCAUCGACUGUGGAGAGGCAGCCGGUUAUCAUUGAUCAGAAACAGCUAUGCGAUUCGAUGAGCAAAGGCGAAUGGACGAUUGAAAGGGACGAAGACUUAACUGCCCCAUAUGCCUUCAAGAAUAAAACCUGGAUCGCCUUCGAGGAUAAAAUUUCCAUUGCAAUAAAAGGAAAAUAUGCUCUGCUCCGGAACUUGCCAGGACUUGCAAUACGAGACGUGCAGAACGACUUUGAAACUAAGUGCGGCAAGCCGCUUACGCAUGAAAUUCAUCACUCGUUCACAGAUUUUAAGAGAAAAUCAAGAGCUGCUGUUCUGAAUGCUUUGGAAGACGAUUUACAUCAAACUCAACUCACUUAUCCGACUAAAGUCAAAUCAUCCGAAUUUCGAGUUGUUCGCGUAGUCGACACCGAAGGACAUAUUCGAGUAGCCCGCGAGAACACUCAAACUGAGUUCACUUGCUCAAGACAAGGCUACUUCGUUCAUCCUAAGAGUUGUAACAGAUUUUACCGUUGCGUUAAAUUUAAUCAAGAAGUAGAAGACUAUUCGGUCUUCGAGUUCGACUGUCCAGCGGGUUUGUCCUUCGACGAGAGCACAGAAGUUUGCGUUUGGCCAGGAUCACUGCCACAAGGAUCCCCGUGUCCUGGAAGCAGUGAAAUCGCACCUGUAGCUCGAGUAAGAUUCGAAUGUCCAUCCAAGCCUGGUUACUAUGCGGAUCCUCAAAAUCCUCGUUGGUUCUUCGCCUGCAUCGAUUUAGGAGGCCCCCAAAUGAUGGCAUACGAAUUCCGUUGUCCAUUCGGAUUGAUCUUCGACGAAGAGAAGUUUGUUUGCGAGUGGCCUUGGUUAGUGAGAGGUUACUCUGAUAGCGGUUAUACAAGACCAGAAUACGACUAUUCCGGUGGCCAAUCUAGCGUUGGCACUGGUGGUUACUUUACUGGAGCGUUGCCUCAAGGACAUGGAGGUACAACAGGAUUCCAAAACGGAGUGUACACUGGCACGACAGUUGGUGUUGGUUAUUCCAAUACUGAAGCGACUGGAGGAUAUUCGGGUCAUUCUGGGUUUUCUGGAGCAGCUGGCGUUGGAUACGAUGGAUCUAACGUUGGAGGUCAUGGAUCGUUUGAUCAGGGGUCGACUGGAUACUCUGGAACAGGUGGUGGUGGAUAUUCUGGAUCAACAGCGGGAAGUCAUACAGGAACUGGAGGUCAACAUGGAACUGGUCUUGGAGGAUACAGUGGAUCAGGAUCAGGAUCAACUGGAUACUCCGGAUCAUCUGGCAAUGGAUAUUCUGGAACAACGACAGGAGGUCAUGUAAGCACUGGUGGUCAACAUGGAGUUGGUCUUGGAGGAUACAGUGGAUCGGGAUCGAUUUCAGGAAGUAAUAUAGGCACCGGUGGUCAGCAUGGAAGUGUUCCUGGAGGGUAUAGUGGAUCAGGAUCAACUGGAUACUCUGGAACAUCUGGCAGUGGAUAUUCUGGAACAACAGAAGGGCACAUAGGUGCUGGUGGUCAACAUGGAACUGGCCAUGGAGGAUACAGUGGAUCGGGAUCAACUGGAUACUCUGGGUCAACUGGAAGUGGAUAUUCUGGAACAACAAAGGGAGGUCAUGUAAGCACUGGUGGUCAACAUGGAGUUGGCCUUGGAGGAUACAGUGGAUCGGGAUCAACUGGAUAUUCGGGAUCAACUGGCAGUGGAUAUUCUGGAACAAUAGGUAUUGGUGGUCAGCAUGGAACUGUUUCUGGAGGUUACAGUGGAUCAGGAUCAACUGGAUAUUCCGGAUCAACUGGAAGUGGAUAUUCUGGAACAACGACAGGAGGACAUAUAGGCACUGGUGGACAGCAUGGAACUGUUUCUGGAGGUUACAGUGGAUCGGGAUCAACCGGGUACUCUGGGUCAACUGGAAGUGGAUAUUCUGGAACAACGACAGGAGGACACAUAGGCACUGGUGGUCAACAUGGAACUGUUUCUGGAGGUUAUAGUGGAUCAGGAUCAAUUGCUGGAAGUCAUGGAGGUUCGACUGGUUCAGGAUAUACAGGAUCCGCGAAUACUGGCUACUUUGGAUCAACGAAUGAAAUAUACACAGGCUCAGGUCACGCAGGAUCUGCAGGCACCGAAUAUUCAGGAGUAACCGGUACCGGUCAAGUAUCCACGGGCUCAGGAUACGCAGAAACAGGAGCUACUGUGCAUGCAGGAUCAAACGGAAUUUAUAGUGGAGGAGCUGGCACAGGAUCCCAUUUCCCUGGUCAAGAAACUGAAUCAGGAUAUUCAGGUUCUACGAUCGGUAUUCACGGAGGAUCCACAGGUGGAGGAUAUUCGGGAUCUACAGGUGGGGGAUAUUCAGGAUCGACUGGAAUCAGUUACACAGGAUCUGGAACUAAAGGACAAGGAGGAUCUAGCGGUGGUGGAUAUGCAGGAUCAACGGGUGAUGUCCAUAGAAGCUCUCCCGGAUCGGGUUACACUGGAGGAUAUGCAGGAUCAACGGGUGAUGUCCAUAGAAGCUCUCCCGGAUCGGGUUACUCUGGAGGAUAUGCAGGAUCAACGGGUGAUGUCCAUAGAAGCUCUCCCGGAUCGGGUUACACUGGUGGAUAUGCAGGAUCAACGGGUGAUGUCCAUAGAAGCUCUCCCGGAUCGGGUUACACUGGAGGAUAUGCAGGAUCGUCCAGUGGUGCUCACGCAGGAUCUACUGGUGGAGGAUAUUCAGGAUCAUCGACUGGUGUUCAUCCUGGAUCCGCUGGAACCAGUUACACAGGAUCUGGCACUAAAGACUACGGAGGAUCUACGGGUGGAGGAUACUCAGGAUCAUCAGCUGGUGUCCAUCCUGGAUCUGCUGGAACAGGUUAUACGGGAUCGACUCCUGGAGUAUAUACAGGAUCGGGCAAUGUUCAUCCAAGCUCUCCUGGAUCGGGUUACACUGGAGGUUAUGCAGGAUCCACUAGUGGCGGCCAUGCAGAAUCAACUGGAACAAGUUACGUAGAAGCUUCUACUGGCGGUUAUGACGAUUCAGGAGUAAAAGGUGGAGGUGGACAAAGACCUGGACCGAUUUACGUACCAAAACCGGACGGGCCAGUCGUCGAUUGUGGUCGAAGCUUCGGUUGUCAAGGGUCUACUCAGCAAUCAGGUGGUCAGUCCUAUAAUACAAACGGUUACUCUACCACUCAUGGUGUUUCUACCGGUUCAGUGUUUCCUGGACAAUCAGUAUCGACAACGUACUUUGGCAAUUCUGGAACUAAGGGAUACGGAGGUACAUCGUCCGGCACAACUAUCUACCACGGUGCAAAUGGAUAUCCAGGUGGCUACAAGGGACCUCCAGGCCCUGGGGAUUUAAAUACCACUCUAGUUGGAGGUCAUACACUUACCAUCGGAGGCAUAACGUACCACGGGUUCGGUACACCUUCUGUUACCUAUGGAACAGCAGGAACCCCUGGAGCUGGAGCUGUCAUAACAGGAAACAGCGUUCAAGGAACAAUCUUAACAGGAGACUCUUCUCCAGGAAGUGUUAUCACUUACGGAGACACUCAAGGCACAGUCAUCUCAGGAUCUUCCGAUCAAGGCACCAUAGUAACUGGAAGCAGUCAUCCAGGAUACGUCACGUCUGUCACUGGUACACCAGGCUACGUAGUUAGCGGAGGGGUCAAGACUGUGUACACUGGUUCAAGCAGUCACGGAACCUCAGUCUAUGGAACACCUGCCCCUGGAAUCCUACUGACAGGACCACCUGAUGCUGGAACUGUUCUACACGGAGCUUCAACUCCUGGAAUUGUCCUAACUGGUCAAACAGCACCUGGAGUGACGCUUGGUGGAUCUGUCCAACCUGGAACGAUUAUUGGCUCGACUGGACAUGGUAUUUCUACAGGAUUCUCGCAUCAAGGAGGCUUCAGCACAGGUUCCACCUACGGAACAGGAAUUGGCAGCGUACCCGUGACUCACGACACCGGGUACAAGACCAACGAGUACCAUGAUAACGGAGGUCGAGGUACUAUCAGAUUCAAUAACGGAGACGUGACUACAAAGUACACAGAAAACGAUAUCCCAGACUACAGGCCAGGUGGAGGUUUCCCUCCAGACUCGAUCAUCCCUCCAGGACAUAGCACAGGUGUUCCCGGAACACAAGUGCCAAUCGGAUUCACAAAAACAGGAUCUACCAGAACAGGUAUCACGACCGCUUCCUUGGGUGGUCACGGUAGCUACGUGAUCAGCACGGGGAAACCUCGACCUGCGACUAAUGCCGACCACAUUGGCGCGAAGGCGUUCGAAGGCAACGUGGCGGGUUACACGAAGACGUCAACUGAAAGCAACAUCCAGGUUUAUUCAGGACAAACCUCAACGCAAUCUCAGGAUGUAAAUCAUAUCGAUACCUCUAAGAUUACCUUGGGUCCGUCGAAAUCAGGCUACUCGUAUCCCACGCCAAGUAUUCCAUUCCAAACUGGUGUAACAUCUUCCGCGGGGAUUCCCAUUGCUCCAACCCAAGGCAGUGUUCUUACCGUGACGACGCCGACUCCAUUCUUGAGCGUUGAAAUGUACAAGUCACCGAAAUUCGGUGGUUUCACGGGUUCAUCUGAUGUUGUGAGCACUUUCAGUGGACCCACAGGCGGAGACUACCAAGGGAAAGUUCCGUCUGGCUUCACACGUGAAUCAAUUUCAACUGUUACACCCGCGGGUUACACAACUGGAUCGUUGGACAGUUAUAAGGCCACUAGUUUCGAAUCGUCGAAAAUUCCGAUUAUAAUAUCCACGGUUCAGACGGCAGUUGACACUGGGUAUAAGACUCUUGUGUCGUCGACGCCUGGGCCUGCGACAGUGAAUCACGAUAAAUUUAGGGGAAAUAUUCAGGAUGGAAAUACGUUUAGUCAGAGUCAGUUCGAUUUUGGAACGAGAACCUCUCAACGUGGAGGGCAGAAUGGUUAUGUUUCCAGCACGACGCCUUCUUCGGUGUUCGGAGGAUCGUCGACGUAUUCUAUUAAACCCAGGCCGUUUGGAACGAGCACUUCAAGUCCAUUCGUCACCGAGCAACCACAGACUAAUUACAUCUCUAGUACGUUUGGUUCUGAAUACGUCGAGUCGACUUCGAGGACCUCGUUCGAUCAGGUGACACCUGCCAGUAUUUCAGAAUCACUGAAACCACAGACUCAAUACUUGCCAACCGAUUACAACUCCCCAGGCGUCGGAGUGACCUAUAGAAAACCAUUCACAACUCCUGACAUCACUUAUCAGCAAUCAACACCGCUCACACCCGUGACUCAAUCCGGUGGUUCCCCGUCGAGCGUGGACAUAUCCAGAGACGAAGUUGGAAAAUUAGUCACAAAUUACAGAGGCAGCACGAAGUACGUCCCAAGCCAAUACGAUGUGUACACGCCAAUACAAAGUACCUUGAACGCUCGAGGAGAUUUCUCCAAGAGUCAGACGUCCUCCUUGUCGACUUUCGGACAAAGUUACGGCUCAUCGACGUCGGCACCAUUCGGAAAAUCGCAGUCGUCUCUCUCGCGUGGUUACUCGACACCUUCUACCAUCGUUUCAUACCAAACUACUGCCAAGUCCACAGCCGUAGGAAAGAGUAAGGUAAUCGUGAAGUGGAGCGAUCUUCAUCCUCUUCUUCUUGGCAAGCUCGGAGCCGAGUGCACCUGCAAGGGAGAUCCCUUCGCCAAUCUCCGAGGACCAGGCUCCAAACUGAUAAACUCGUCCAGAGGCAAAGUGGACCUCUCCAACUACGACGAUUCCGAGAUCUACGUGGAUCUCGAGAAGGAUGUGUCUUACGAGGACGACGAUUACGUAACCAAUUACGAGUCCUCGUCGAAAGGGCCACUUAAAAUCUGGACGGAGGAAACGCCAGCUCCUGGCUUCCAGUACUCUACAGUUUCUCAGAUUCGAGAGAAACCUUCGACAGCUUAUCUGCCAAGCGUGACUCCGAACUCGGGAUUCCGUGUUAACGUCCCGUUAUCACCGCAGAACCUCAUCGGAGGAACUUCCAGUCGAGGCUUAGCGAGCAAUUUCAGGUCUGGUAAGAGUUUGAACAAUAAUGGAGCCACCACGAACUCUGUCAGCACUGGCGGCGCCUCUUUCGAUCGCUACGGACCUGGAGGACUUCGAGACUCCGAAGAGGUCCUCGAGGGUGCCACCAACUGCGCCAGGCCUGGCUUGUUCCGACAUCCUAACUUCUGCAACAAGUUCUACGCUUGCCACUGGGACGAAUGGAAGAAGAAGUUCACGCUUCACGUGUUCAACUGUCCGGUUCACCUAACGUUCGACAACGGCGCCAGCGCCUGCAAUUGGCCGAGCAUGGGGCCAGCCUGUCAGGACGAUAAUUUGUUAGUUUAGGUGGUUCGCUGUCAACGGACAGCCAAUCGAUCGCUGACACUGCGGCAUUUUAUUGUAUACCAUUUUCUUUAACACGUUGAACACACGUAACCUACAUAAGGGUGACAAGGACUUUCAUCAAAGAAUUAAAUGAAUUAAUUCUGAAGGUGAUGUAUUAAAGAAUAUAAAUCUGGAUAGGAUUGGUAAAUUCUAAAGGAGUUGCAAAAAUAAGCACUAAAUAAGCACAAAUGUUGGGUUACAUAAUAUCUAACUGUGUAAGAACAAAAUUGUAUUCUCGUAGGAAUUUUUACAUGUCAGUCUGGCAGUCAACGUGUUAAGAAUGGGAAGUUCGAUUGCAUCUCAAGUCUACGAGGCGUCGAAGAAAUUGGGGUAAAUUCGUUGCCAUCAUUAAAGCCAUAUACAUAAUUUAAACCAUUAAUUACUUCAACGAAAAUCGAAUUACAUUUGAAUCAGAAAUGUAUUCUUCAGUUUAGACAAAGAAAAUUAAUUCCAUUACUUCGAUGUGAACUUUCCUAAUGAAGUGGUUUUCUAUAAUUAUUAUAAUUUACGACUCGUCUUUUCUAAAACUUGUUUAAUAAUUGCGCGUUCACCAUUCUAAGCACACGCAUUCCUCGACAAUGAAACUAGGCGUGAGAUAACGUUUAAUUAUAACGGGGUAACGGUUUACGCUCAAUUUCUUUGCAUACCUUCGAGGCCCGCGGAAUGAGUAUAACAGAAUGCUUUCUCGAGGUAACGAGGGCCAAGACAAAGAAGAAGAAAGAUCCAAGGCGAUCGAGGUACAGCGACGCGAAAGCACACUGUCCAGAGUGAAAGUCAAGUUGUGCUCACCGAUCCAAAUCGCGGGAACUCGAUGGCGUGCGCCGAUUCGAUGUCGCCGGGAAUCAUUGUAAAUAACGUCCCCCUCUGCUCUUCGAAAUUUGUAAAUACCGACUCGCUGCCCUCUGGCAAAAAAGGAAAAAAAAAAAUAA